CCCCCCCCAACCUUAUUAGAUAAUAUUUGAAGUGGGUUACAGCGAAGUAAGAUAUUAGGAGUAUCGUCCAAGUUUGGGGGGAAAAUAAUCGAAAAAGAAGAACAAGGCAAGCAGAGGAUCGGAGAAUAAAUUGUGGACACCGUCGGGCUGGGUUACAGGAGACACCAAGGGCCAUUUUGGCUGUGGAUGUGGAGGUUAAGACAGCCGAUAAUUUUUGCAUAAUGACUGCUACGCUGAAUGGGAUGUUUAAUUCGGCCCCGGAUACACCGUCCCCAGUUUAUCCCGACAGACUGAUUCGUCCCCUGCCCAAGCGUACCCUUCGCUCUCGCUUGUCCUCCGAGGCGGCCGAUUCGAUCUUCUACCCUCCCGCUCCGCCAGCAACGCAGCUCUUUUACGGAGCUUGUGCGACUACUGGAGAUGAUAUAAACGACUCGAAAGUAUACGUUCAGCAGAGCGACGGUCGUGAUCACAGCCCCGAUCGAGAUCACCACCAUCCUCCGUAUGACAAUGGCGUUGAUCUAGACAGCGGUGAGGAGGACGGUCCGGUGGUUGUUCGUCGGAGUGCCGGUUUUCGUGGGUCGUCCCUGUCUCCGUCGACUUCCAGUGUGCAACCACAGACUCUCCCCAGCGGGAAGGAGCAACCGAUCAAGCUGUCUUCGGCAGGUCCAGACGGGUACGAUGCCUUCGAAAACACUAACAACAAGAAGAAGCGCAAAAUCCCAACCCCAGGAAAUUUGGGUGGCCAUCAUUCCUCUCUCUCGCCAGAAUUUUCAAAUAUGGGGCUGUCGAACUCUGCUCAAACCUCUUCCAUAUCUCCUACUGAAGGCACCCACGUGAGUACAUUUUAUGGCACAGGAAGCCCCGCAUCUCCAGUAGGCAGUGGGAUAUCGGGCGCGGGAAGAGGUCGCCUUGGACGCCAAUCUCGCAACACGGGAAGACAGUCUUUGUCGGGACAUGGUCAAGUCACCUGGUCACACAGUCGUCGCGACGGGCUGAUGUCUUCCCCGGGUCCGACGGGGGAGAGCACCGAAACGCAAAGCCAGGGCAUUAUCUCCGCAGCUAUCGCUAAUGCUGCAGCUUCAGUGUUCGCCUCGCCUUCCCAAGUUCCGAACAAAGGCAGUGUUGUCGACCAGCAGGCGACAACACCCACGAAAACUCAAUUCACUUUCACAUGCGAGUCCGACUCAUCCAAAGGAAUGGCGUUACACGCACAGAAUCCGUAUUCGGUACCCCACCGCUCACCAGGCACUCACCCUCAGGCAGGACAAUCACGGGGAUUUACUACGCAAGGGACACAGACGAGUCCUAAUAAUGUUGCUCCGCAGCUAGGCCAGCAAGCAAAUACUUACCAGCAGCCGCAGCCGCAACCAGGAGCUCCCGUGGCCGAUCAAGCAAGCACGGGAAGGAAGAAAAAGAGGUCGCCGGGGAGUCUUUAUGCUUUGGCAGCGCGUCAGCGGAAGAUCCAACAGCAGUAUGCCAACCUUCACCAUCCACCCAGCCUGGAAGACAUCUGGAUCUGCGAGUUUUGUGAAUACGAGAGCAUCUUUGGUCGCCCACCAGAAGCUCUCAUUCGACAGUACGAGAUCAAGGACAGAAAAGAGCGUAAGCGACUAGCGGAGAAGAAGCGGCUACUAGAGAAGGCCAAGAUGAAGGGGCGGAAGAAUAAGAAGGCAACAAAAAACGCAUCAAAGCAUGCAGCGGCCCAACAUGCAGCAUACGAUCCGGGGUACGACCGGGCAUCUGUCGAUCACUCUUCCCUCGGAGGGGGAUCGGGGGCGCUUCACGACGAUGAGUAUUUGGGGACAGAGUAUGAUGACGACGUGGGGGCAGCCAUUCCACCAUCUGUUCCUCCAGGAACGUUCAAACCACCGCUCCCUCCCGGGAGUGCGACCAAGAAAAUGACGACGAGUGCUUCGAGCGGCCAGGGAGCGGUGGAAGGAGGGAUGGAACCUCCCUGACAUCUUGGUUCCAUGAGUCUUGGGUGCACCCUUUGUGUCGCGACCGUCCUUGUUCGUUGUUUAGUUUAUCUGGUUUUGGUCUUUGCAUGGCCCGAGUUGUUUUAGCCCUUUGUCUAUUAUUCCGUAUCCACGAAUCCCCGCUCCAAUAGUCUCUUUUAAUGAGUGUCACGUCAAUGGUAAAAACUUUUUACAUAUGCAACCGCUCAGGUGGCAACUCUUCAUUACUGGUUGGCGCGUACCUAGUAUGGUGGAGAAAUAGUCUCAGGAGAUAGGUAGAGAUCAGGUCUAUGA